UAACAUGAAUUAAUGAUGCAUAUUCUGCUCCUCAAUUCUCCAUGGGAUGUCUGUUUUGAGCUAGUAAAUGAGAAGGUUUACAUUGCAAUGGCUGGCCAACAUCAGAUCUGGGAACACAAUACACUUGAUGGAGUUACUAAAGCUUUUAGUGGCGAUGGUUAUGAAAGGAACUUGAAUGGAUCAAGGUUGAUAAGAAAGAAAAAAGUUAAAGGUGAUAAAGAAAAGUUUGAUCAGUUUGAAGUCCAGGCUGAACUUGGAUGAGCUUGUAUUGAGAAAGGGCAGAACCUCAGUUCCGAUGGCGACUGCCCUGUUAAAUGUUUAUAGCUCCUGAAAGGUCCAUAUAGUUAUGUCUAUCUAUUUGUUUGCACUCAUCACAUACAUCUGUGUUAUACUAGAGCAUUAUUUGUCUUAAUUUCAAUUUUUUAUUCAUUUAUAUUUAUGUUUUCCACUGGCAUGAUUCUCCUGGAAAUUUGGCAUUGAUGUACUGAUUUUUUGUUG